CGCUCCCCCCUCUUCUCUUCUCCUGUCUCCCGCUGUUACGUCUACGUGCGUUGUCGUGACUGGAACAGAGGAGAGGACAAACAAGAGAGGAUCUGAGUCAGAAACCGAAAAAAAAUAGCAAAAGGAGAAGAGAAACUCUGACUUGUCCCGUCCCAUGUCGGGUGUGUGUGUGUGGAGUGUGUGUGUGUGUGUGUGCCGUGUGCUCGCGCCGGGUAUCUGAGACCUCUUCUACACUGUGCGUUUGGGAAACCUGUCACUGAAGGCAGGAGGUGUCUUGACAGCCAGCAAGAGGUCAAAGAGAAGCUGACAGCACACAGCAAAAGUGGAGGAAGAUGAGAAAGUGACCAGUUCGUUGGAUCGUUGCUUUUCAAAAGGUGAAAGAAGACCCGGCGGCGACGCAGCGAGCACACGUCCCAUCAUCCCCACAGGCCCCAGAACUGAUUGAAUGGUUUAUUCAGAAUGACAGCCGAAGAUCCUGCUUCUUCCUCCACAAUGAGCAACAACGCCGCCCACUCCAAAAGCUCCAAAGCCUCCGCUUCCUCCCAGCAUUCUCUCCACGGAGAGAACAGCGUCCCAGAAGGGGUUGCAGGAGCUCCCAAUGAGACCGCCCUGAUGAACUUGAUGAUGCGCACUGGAUACGGCAUGGUCCAGGAAAACGGGCAACGUAAAUACGGCCCCCCUCCCGGCUGGACCAGCCAGGCUCCACCUAGAGGGUGCGAGAUCUUCGUCGGCAAGAUCCCACGAGACGUUUACGAGGACGAGUUGGUCCCGGUGUUUGAGAGCGUGGGACGCAUCUAUGAGAUGCGCCUGAUGAUGGACUUUGACGGGAAAAACCGAGGGUAUGCGUUUGUGAUGUACACAGAGAAACACGAGGCCAAGAGGGCCGUGCGUGAGCUCAAUAACUAUGAGGUGCGGCCCGGGCGGCUGCUGGGCGUCUGCUCCUCUGUGGACAACUGCCGUCUUUUCAUUGGCGGCAUCCCCAAGACCAAGAAGCGUGAGGAAAUCCUAGAGGAGGUCUCCAAAGUGACAGAAGGUGUAUUAGAUGUGAUAGUUUAUGCCAGCGCUGCAGACAAGAUGAAGAAUCGAGGCUUCGCCUUUGUAGAAUACGAGUCCCAUCGUGCGGCUGCCAUGGCUCGCAGGAAGUUGAUGCCUGGCCGCAUUCAGCUGUGGGGCCACCAGAUCGCAGUGGACUGGGCUGAGCCGGAGAUUGACGUAGAUGAAGACGUGAUGGAGACGGUGAAGAUCCUCUAUGUGAGGAAUCUCAUGAUGGAGACCAGCGAAGAGACAAUCAGACAGGUUUUCAGCCAGUGGAACCCCGGAUGUGUGGAGCGUGUGAAGAAAAUUCGCGAUUACGCUUUUGUCCACUUCACAUCCCGGGACGAUGCCGUGCAGGCGAUGGAUCACCUGAACGGGACGGAGAUCGAAGGGUCCUGCAUCGAGGUGACCCUGGCCAAGCCGGUGGACAAAGAGCAGUACUCGCGCCAGAAGGCGUCCAAGGGGGCGGUUCCUGCCACUCCAGAGGCUCCGCAGCAGAACUACGUUUACCAGUGCGACCCCUACACUUUGGCGUACUACGGCUACCCUUACAGCACCCUCAUUGGACCCAACAGGGAAUACUUUGUGAAAGGAUCCUCAAUGAUACAGAACAAUGCAGGUACUGUGCGAGGUCGUGGUCGUGCUGCUGCUGCAGGUAAUCGUACGCCUGGACCGCGAGGCUCGUACCUCGGGGGUUACUCUGCCGGUCGCGGCAUCUACAGCCGCUACCACGAGGGCAAGGCCAAACUGUCCGAUAAGCCCUAUGAGCUGAUGCCCGGUCUGGAGCUUGCUGCCUCCGUCAACCCCGUUGGCAUCAAACCUGGCACAAUGGCGUUGCCUGCUCUGGGUGCGCAGUACCCGGUGUUUAGCACCAAUCCUGCAGCCAAGCUGCUAGAGGAGGGCAAGGUGCACGCUGUGGAGCAUCUUAUCAACCCUCUGGCCAUGCAACACCCUGAACACGCCUCCCCUGCUGCUACUGCUGCCACGGUCCUGCCUGCUGUGUCCACCCCGCCGCCCUUCCAGGGCCGUCCAAUCACUCCCGUGUAUGCCAUGGCCCACAACGUCCAGCGCAUCCCAGCAGCGGCCAGCCUGUACGGACCCGGGUACAUCCCCAUCACAAACUACGCCGGCAGCGCAGCGUCUCUGGCUGCUCUGCAGAAAAACGCGGCGGUGGCGGCCGCGGCCUACGGAGGUUACGCCGGCUACGCCAUGCCGCAGGCCUUCCCCGCCACGGCCUUCCAGCUGCCCAUCCACGACGUCUACCAGACGUACUGAUGCAGACGCUCAGACCAAGUUAUCCAGCCAGUGACUGACGACAUCUCAGCAGUGCCGAACUUUAGAAGAAUUUGUAGUUAAUAUCAUGAGCACAGACGAUGACAAAAUGACAAGCAGACAUUUUCUAUUUGUCGCUGUCAUCCUCAGUAUGUUGUGGACCUUAAUAAGGCGACCACCCCAGUUAGGCUGCGUCACUAAUUUCUUUUGACUAUUCUAACAAACCCAUAAUACAACCUUCUCCCCCUCUAAUAAUAGCCACAAUUCUCAUUAACAAAGUCUCUCUUUUCCUCUGUCCCUGGAACCAGCCACUUAGUUGCCACGGUAACAGGGGCGCUGAAGGUACGUUCAAGUAUUUAUAAAGAGAAGAUGCAUAUUUAAAGGUUUUAUUCUUAAUGGGAUUCUCUUUUUUUAAUUUCAUUUUGGUACUAGUCCUCUGAAGUAGACCUUUACACUUCCUAAAGUGUAAAAAAAAAUAUAUAGAAAGGUUAAUUGAAAAGAAGUAAAAGUUCACCAGGAGCUACUGAUAAACACAGAUACCACUAACUUUGGAAAUACUAAUGUUUUUUUUUUUGUAGUAUUUUUUUUAAGAUAUAUAUUGUUCAUGCCAGUUGUACAUGCUUUAGGUGAUUGUGUCCGUCCAUGUUGGCUGAGUGUGUUCGCCUGGAAUGUAGCCGUUUGGUACAUUUUGGUUCAUUUUGGUUCAUUUUGUCUUAGAGAGUUUUGGUUGUUUUAAAUGAAGGCUUUAGGUGUUCUAGGUGCCUUUUUUUUUUCUUUUUGCCUGUCAUAACUUUACUUAUUUUUUCUUUUCUUUUUAAUAUACUGAAACAUAUUUCUUGGUUUGUUGUUUCAACAUAUUGUGACAUAUUUUGAAAGAAUGCUAGAAACAAAACUGGAACGCCUUUUUAAACGUAAGUCGGCAACAUGGAAAGAUAACAUCUACCGUACAUUGAAAUGUUCCCUAUAUUUAGAAACUGGGACGAUAGGGGACUGAGACUGAAUAGAUGUUAGACUUUUGUUGGUUUUGUUGUUGUUUUUACUUCAUUUAUAUGUUUUUAUUAUUCUUUUCAAAUUGCUUCACGGUCAUAAGGUGAACAAAAAACAAGAGACACUUUUUUUUUUCUCAAAGGACUGCACUCCGUCACUGAAACGGCUCCUAAUGCUAAACAAAAUAAUACACUCCAGCCAGAUGACUUUAGAGAGACCGCGUGCCUUGCUAAAGUGCCUUACGUCUCCUUAUGGUAUGUGCAACUUAAUGCUUCUCACUGUGCCUUUUAUAUCAAAAUAAACCCGUGUGGUUGAAACCAUUUGUACUGACACUGAACUCAACUUUUGGUAUUACUGCAUCACGCUGAGACCAGUACGUUUCUGCCGUGCAGACAAAUGUUUUUUGGCUACUCCAACUUGAAGCUUGUUCUACUGAGUAUUCCUGCAGUUACACUCCACAUGCGCAUCUCCUCGUCAUCUUUUGUCCUCCAGACCGCGCUAGACCGAGGUGCACUUAUACAUAUUUAUAAAUGGGAGGAGACUGCCUCUUUCAGAUGAAGAAAUAUCCAGUAAUGACCAUGACAUUUGGCUGUUUUCAGUGUUCUGUUGUCUUGCUUAGCAGAUAAAGCAGAGCGUCUAGAAAUAAGCCUUCUGUGUUCGGUAGGCACUUGUAAAACUGUCCUGUUUGUUGGAUAGAAGUAGAAAAUUUGAACUGGAGCAAUACCUUACCCAGAAGUAUGCAAGUAGCCAUACAGUGCAUGUACUGAAAUUAUCUACUUAGUUCAAGCAGCCACUGAUCAGAAAUUCAGACCCACCUACCCCCCCAACCCCAGUGACUUCUAUACUUUAUGUGACAUAUUUUAUUUGGUAACUUUCCACUAACCUCUCAGAUUUAUGAUAACACAUGUAAGUCUGAAUUUUGUGAAGUCUGGAUUAUGAGAUCAUGGAUGUGAUGCUGAGUUAUUGGUCCAUAUCAGUAUGAUUUGUUUUUAUCUCACUCCAUCUGUCUCCACUGAUACCGAACCUUUUGCAAAGAACUAACUGAUGUUAACUACUUUUAUUUUGACGAAGAUAAGUUAGGAGAUAUAUUUAAUAUAUGCAUUACAUUUGUUAUGUAUGAAGUGAAAAGAAAAGGUAUAAUAUAUUCAAAAACAUGUUUUCUUUUCCUUAUUUACACCUUGUGUAGGGAUCGAUUUAAGAGUAACAAAUGUAGAAAAAUAUGUCUUUUUUUUUCCUUUUUUUUUUUCUUGCCAAAGUGUCCAAUAGUUUAAGCAUUAAUUGUACUGUUGUUAUCUGCUAUGUACUUGGUGUUAUGAGUGGGAACACAAAGAUUCAGUUAUGGCUUUACCACUGAAAGUUCAACAAUGAUUCAGCCGCUACUGAAACUUCAUUUAUUAAAGGGCAGAGAAACGGCAUUUCCUCCCGGUCCUGCCUUCCGCUCUGAACACCAGCUUAGGUUUUUCUUAUCUUCAUUUCACCCAUACUGCACCAGCAGGCGAUGAAGAUGAUGUCAGUGGAGUGGAGAUACUUUUACCUAGUUCCAUUUAGGUGUUACCUUUACAAACCUUUCUCUGUGUGUGCCUUAUUGCUAAGAUAUUGCCUUUGCUGUAUCUUUGUAGACCUAUGCGGACUCUUUUCUAACUGAAGGUUUGUUUAAAAAGAAAAGAAAAACAACCUUAUUCUCUUGUUCUGCACUGUUAUAUUUAUAGUGAUAAAGUAAGCAAAUAAAGUGUUUUUGAAAAGA